AUGAGCUCUCAUUGGGGACCGUCGAACUCCAUAUCGAGGCAAGGCCAGCUACUAGUCAAGCCUAUGUUUGAUCGAAAACGGAGAAACCAGAAGCCCCGAGUGCUACAAUCAUGCACUUCGUGCCGGCGAAAGAAUCUCAUUUUGGUGUGUGGCCUGGCUCGAUACCAUAUCUUCUACUCCUUUCUAGUACUCAUGUAUCUCAUACAGGCUGAAGUGCAAUCGCAAGAUACCAUGCGAUAA